GGGUCGCUUGUGUGCUUUUAGAGUGGCUUCGAAGCAGUCGAUUUGCUCGGUGGUGAAGAUCCGGGAUGCUACGAAGCUGCUGGAAAUGAAGGCGACGUCUGCCGCUAAAAGCAGUCUGCCCGCAGCCAUGUUUGAAAUGGAAAGGCAUAUAUCGUGCCUUUUCCCGGAGAUCCUGGCCAUUAUUUUCAGUUAUCUGGACGUUAAAGACAAAGGAAGAGUAGCUCAAGUCUGCGCGGCCUGGAGAGACGCAUCCUAUCACAAGUCGGUGUGGAGGGGGGUGGAAGCCAAGCUCCAUCUGCGCCGAGCUAACCCCUCUCUGUUCCCCAGUCUGCAGACCAGGGGCAUCAAAAAAGUUCAAAUUCUCAGCCUGAGACGCAGUCUGAGCUACGUGAUUCAAGGGAUGCCACACAUCGAAAGCCUUAACCUGUGCGGUUGUUUCAACCUCACGGACAACGGACUCGGGCAUGCCUUUGUGCAGGACAUCCCAUCCCUGCGGGUACUCAACCUCAGCCUUUGUAAACAGAUCACAGACUCCAGUCUGGGCAGGAUUGCCCAGUACCUCAAAAACCUGGAGGUGCUUGAACUGGGAGGAUGCAGUAACAUUACAAACACGGGCCUGUUGCUCAUUGCUUGGGGCUUGCAUAGAUUAAAGAGCCUUAACCUUCGCAGUUGCAGGCACGUGUCAGAUGUGGGCAUCGGUCACCUGUCUGGCAUGACCCGCAGUGCUGCAGAGGGCUGUCUGUCCCUGGAGAAGUUAACCUUGCAGGACUGCCAGAAGCUGACGGAUCUUUCACUCAAGCAUGUUUCAAAAGGCCUGAACAAGCUCACAGUGCUUAACCUUAGCUUCUGUGGAGGAAUAUCUGAUGCAGGGAUGAUCCACUUGUCACACAUGACCCACCUCUGCAGCCUGAACCUGCGAUCGUGUGAUAACAUCAGUGACACGGGGAUAAUGCAUCUGGCCAUGGGUUCCCUUCGCCUCUCAGGGCUCGAUGUCUCGUUCUGUGAUAAGAUCGGUGACCAGAGCCUUGCGUACAUCGCCCAGGGACUGUAUCAGCUGAAGUCCCUCUCUCUCUGUUCCUGCCAUAUCAGUGACGAUGGCAUUAACAGGAUGGUGCGCCAGAUGCAUGAACUCAAAACUCUCAACAUUGGACAGUGUGUGAGGAUCACAGACAAAGGGCUGGAGUUGAUAGCCGACCACCUGACCCAGCUGACGGGGAUUGAUCUCUACGGUUGCACCAGGAUCACCAAAAGAGGUCUGGAGAGGAUAACGCAGCUCCCGUGCCUUAAAGUGUUAAAUCUGGGACUGUGGCAGAUGACUGAAAGUGAGCGUGUCAGAUGAACACUCAUUGUUGUGUUUUAUUGUGAAUAGCGCUGAGUUGUAUACUGAAGAAAAACUGCCUGUAUCCAUUAAGUUGACCUUCUUUAUUGUGGCUUAAAACAAAGAGAUGAACUCGGCAUUGAUCACUGGAUUAUUGUUCACCUCUGCUGCAGUGCUCUACUCUUAUUUUCAGUUUAUUUUUUUGAUGUGCAUUGUUCAAUCUCAGCCUGUGUACAGACUGUCUAGCUACCUCACCUAUCUGAUACAGGAGUGCCUACUAUUGCUAAAUACUAGAUUACACUGCAUGUUUUGUUAUUCACAUACCAUUAGGGGGAUUGUGAUAUUAAAAAAAUUUCAUUGCAUACUAACUGGUGGGCAUUUUGACUCGUAACAAAGUUUGAUUGAACUUCUUUGUGGCUGAUUUAACUUUCUUUGUUGUUCAACCAAACUUUCCUGUCUUGAACGGCUGUUGUUAACAAUGUUGUGCUUCAAAUUGAAGUGGGUGUAUCACUCCUGUCUUUUUUUUUUAACCUGUAUAGUUGACUUCAUAUUCCUGAGGAAGUGCAUAUGUAUCAGAUUUUCCCGUGUGCUACUCUGUCAAAGGUUCGACACAGCAACAGUAAGGCAUAGUAAUUAGCCUCUGCCAAGUCUAUAUGCAAUACCUUCAACUGUUCAUCAGUACUUUUUCUCCAAAUGAGCUUCCAAUGAUAGUGUCAGAGUAUUUUUUAAAAAAAGCAAGUAAUUUAAGAUUGUUUUAUAUUCAUAAAGUAGUGAUAUUUAUGAAUAAAGAUGGCAAAUAUGUUUCA